AUGCAAUUCUUUAGCAUCGUCGCAGGCCUUGUAUGCCUUUGCGCAUCGUCACUGGCUUCAAAACAUGACUCCAAACCUCCCCAGUUUCACAACUCAGCGAACCACCCAGGAGCAGAUCCUCACGUAAUCUACGACUCCAAAACCGGCCAGUAUUUCGCAUACUCUACUGAAGGUGCAGACCCAGGCAGUCUCUUUGCCAUCUACAGCAGCCCCGACCUGUCGACAUGGCACAAGCAUCCAGGCGGCGUCUUGAAAGCCUGCUACGACGACGAUAUGAACCGCGUCAAGGGUGGUCAAGCCUGCUGGGCCCGUGACUGGUACUGGGCUCCAGAAACCUACUACAACGAAAAGACCGGCUGGUACUUUUUCUUCUUCGCUGGACGUUUGCGAGAGGAUUUGGCCAAGGAUUAUUUCCGCUACUCGGACUUUGAAGAGCCGUCCAAGAUUGGAGUGGCUGUUUCAAAAUCACCUACUGGGCCAUUCAGGGAAAUCAAAUCAAAUCCCAUCGAUUAUUAUCCAUUUGAUCCUGAUUAUUACGAUGUCAAUCUCAUCAUGGACGAGAAGCAGAUGCGUCCUCCACAAACCCUGAAAGAAGGCAAGACAGCACCAAGGGGCACCUACAUUCCUACUAUUGACGUCAAUAUCUUUUUUGACAAGGAUGGAAAGAUUUAUCUUUAUCUCUCUCGAAAUGCCUACCGCAACUGGAAUUGGGAUAAGAAGCUUGGCAAGUACAUUGAGGAAUCCAACAUUAUCGUCGUCGAGAUGGAGCGAGAUUGGUGGGAUGACCCCAAAGCCAUGACGAUGCCUGAGAUCAUUGCUUCACAAAAGAACAUCCAAGCCAAGGAUGCACCAAACCUCCCUCACAAUAUCACCUCCUAUAACGGCACUGGUGAAAUUGGUUCACCCUCACGUAAGGAUGGCUGGAAGACUGUCAUCUCCUACGGCGCCGAUCCCCAAGACUGGGAGAAUUACCACGUCGACGACUACGAAAAUAACAACGGUACCAAGAAAGACCGUCGCUGGGCUGAAGGUAGCACUCUCAUCAGACGGCCUGGAAAGAACGGCAAGCCUAUUUACUUGCUCACCUACAGCGCCAACAACUAUGAGGCAUCCAACUACGGCGUAGGCUUCGCAACCUCCAGGUCUCCCUUUGGACCAUUCCGCAAAUCAUCGAACAACCCUAUCCUUUCGCAGAAGCCCGAUGCCAAGAUUCCAAUCUACUCAACCGGUCAUGGCAGUAUUGUAGCUUCGCCUGCCAAGCACAACAAGAAAGUUGGUACUCAAGACGUCACGCUCCGAACACCACCAGGCUCAGAGCUUUUCUAUGUCCACCAUGCGCGUAACAGCACAGAGCGUAAUAGGUCCAUCUACACGACUCGCAUGACUCUUGACGAGUCAGCCAUGUACUUUGGCUCUGAUGAUGCCAUAAGUAUGGACCUUACAUCUCUUGACCAACCGUUCCCCAAGAACACGUAUCCCAGCCGCAUGGACGCUCGGUGCUCCAGGGAAAAGGGUGCGUGUCAGUUUUACGUUAAGGUGAUGUCUAAGCCUGGGGCGUCUUUUGAUAUUCUCGAGAGAACGAACAGAGUUGUAGCUCUACCCGGAAACAUUGUGGCUACUUAUGUAAAGGCUGACAAGCGUACUGGAUAUUUUGUUAUAUCUUUUGGUAGUGCUUCUGUCAAGGAGUUGGCUUAUCAGCGGUUGAGUGUUGACGAACGUUGGUCUACAGUCACAAAGAAGAAAGUGACUUGUAGGUAG